AUAGACAAGACGCGACACAGACGCGCAGCUAGUUUUUUCGAGGUUGCGAGCUGAUUUAGUGUGGAAUUUUGCGCUUGAGUUUUGGCAUUGUAGAAGAAGCGAUGGGCAAAAAGAGGAAGUCGCAGCAGGUCGCCCCCGUGCCCGCUGCUGCGCCUGUAGUGGAGGCCGAACCUCCGCGCAAGCGCACCUUGCUGGGCCUCAAACCCCAGCCCGAAGCCAAGGAGGAGGUCAAGGUGAACGGGUCUAAUGGUACGGAGCCCUCUCUGGAGGUCGCGGUCCCGUUUCGAAACAAAGAGAAGACUCUCAUUCUCUGCUCUCGACGCAUUACGUUCAGGUAUAGGCACUUGAUGAUGGAUAUUAUGGCUCUUCUACCUCAUAGUAAGAAGGAUGUAAAGGUCCAGGCGAAAGAUAACAAAGCCGACACUCUUAAUGAGCUUGCAGAUUUGAAAAACUGUUCUAGCUGCCUUCUUUUUGAGUGCAGAAAGAAGAAGGAUUUGUACAUGUGGCUGUCUAAAACUACUGGUGGACCGUCUGCUAAGUUUUUGCUCAAAGCAGUUCAUACAACGGAAGAAUUAAAGCUGACCGGAAAUCAUUUGAAAGGGUCUAGGCCUAUCUUGUCCUUUUCUAGCGAAUUUGACAAGCACCCACAUCUACAGCUCCUCAAGGAACUUCUUCAACAGGUUUUCUGCACUCCUAAGGACCAUCGGAAAUCAAAACCAUUCUUUGACCAUGUCUUCACAUUUUCUUUUCUCGAUAAUCAUAUUUGGUUUCGCAAUUAUCAGAUAUCGGUGCCAUUUCAAAGUGCUACUAAUAAGGUAGACCGGGUUGCCUUAGAGAAGAUGACCCUUGUUGAGGUUGGUCCAAGGUUUGCCAUGAACCCUAUCAAAAUUUUCAGUGCUAGUUUCGGUGGACAGACCCUGUACGAGAAUCCAUUCUAUGUUUCACCAAAUGCGGAACGAUCUCUUGAAAAAAGAAAGAAAGCAGGAAAAUAUCAGAAGAAGGUCAAAGCUAAACAGAGGCGUAAGACUUGGGAAUCAGCAAAUCAGCUUGAGCCCAGCGAGCUCGCCGAUGUUUGGGAUGGGGAGGAUUGAUUUGAGUUUUGUAGUUCACCUAGCGUAUCACUUCAUUCAUUUCUGCCAUCAUAGCAUCUCAGAGGAUCUACAACUACCUUACGCUGCAAGGAAACUCAGGAAUUCCUUGAUGUCAGGUUUUUGGGCACUUGCAUAUUCAUGCUGAGAUGGAAACUGACAAGUAAGAUUCUCUGUAAGAUCUAAGUGUUUUAUUUUGACCAUGGUAGGCUCAAAUAGAGUUUGGAUGAGUAUUUGUAACUACGUAGUUCUUAAAGGAAUCAAAUUGGCCAUAUAAAGAUUUGUCACCAGACCGAUUUUCCUCAAAGCUAGUCUCGACGAGUAAUCUUUCUUACA